AUGAAUGCGGAAGUUAUGAGAAAGGAAAUCCCUUCCUCAGUGCGUGCGCAGUACCUUAUGCCAAUGGACCGGGCCUCAAAACCGUUUUCACAAGCCAGCAGCAUGCGCUCUUACCUAUCAGUAUCCCAUCAAAAUGAACGUGAGAGGCCAAUUCAGAUUACUCAAGCUCGGCCUCGACCCGUGGAAUACUUCAAUUCUCGGGGUGAAAUUGUGCUCAACGGUGUUCCCACUGUGUCAAGUUCAAGUCAUACACCUGAAACUAGCAAUAAAUCUAGUGUGCCAACCUUUUCGUGCCCUCAUACCAGUAACGGAGACCCUUGUUCCCAAUGUCGGAUAAAGAGCAUUACAUCCGUUGUUUCUUCCAGUGGAAAUGACCAUGCCCGACAGACAAGCGCCAGUACCAGUGGCUCCCAAAAUGGCAUACCCAUUCAUGAUGCCUCCAAAGAUGAGCCAGAUGCUGACGACGACGUCGAUCUGGAGAAUCUAGAGCUUAAGUAUCCCGAGGCAAAACGGCUAAAAGGUUUUCUAAAGACAGAAGAACCUCCGACGAAACGUCAAAAACUAUCUCACCCCCCUAUUAUAGAUUUGACGGAUCCUACGUCGGCUGCGUUGCCCUGUCCACCCAAUGGUCAAAUCUUGAACGAAUCUCUAGAUCCAGUAUCACUCAAACCCUCCAAAAAACGCGUUCGGACAUUGAAGCUAUGCUCCACUAGUAAUUGUACCGGCAUUGUCUCUAGUGGCUCAUUUGCCAGCAGGUGUUUGUCGUGCGUCAAACGCGAGUGGAAGGCUAAGAGGGAGGGUGCGAAAAUACGAACGACGCCUCAAAUAAUCACCGAAUCCAAUCUGGCCUGGAACACGACAGUGUCUCGCCCUUCGACCUCUAGCAAAGUCAAGAAGAAAGGUGUUUCUUGGGCGGAUGAAAUCGAAGGACAUGCAAAGGUUUCUACAAGUCCAGAACCACCCGUCACAAGCCCAUCCUCAGAUGGGCAGGUUGUGCAGUUCAAGAUAAACAAAUUAUCUUCGAGUGCUGAACAACACAAUAGCAAUGCCCCUGAGCUAGAGGACUAUCUCAACCUUGAUGGGAUAGUGGAAGCUGAAGUCGGUCUACCUGAAGCACCUGAAGCAGCAAUAUUGAUCCCAAAAGAAUCUUCGGAGGUGUCGAAGGAAUGCUCACAAGAUCCCUUGGAUUCGAAGUCUGGCGUCAAUCAUGGAAUUGCUAGUUCUUCUGAUUGCAAACAGGAUAAUGCAACCUUUGGCGAGGCUGAACAGAUUUCUGGGUGGGAUAGUGAUCUCAGUGACCUAACUGAAUCUCCCGAGAGGGACUCGGAUUCGGAGUCGGGCUCAGAAACAAAGUUGUCGCGCCCCUCUGUGCUAACUGGUUUCAAGAUCCGGAUACCACCACGGCCGAUGGGUGCAUACACUAUGAAGUGCUCUUCUCAGAGGUGCGAGCAACUUCUGCCUACUGGGUCGCGUUGGAAGUCAUGCGUCCUGUGUCGCGCUCGAAAUCGAGAUUAUAAGCGCAGGAAGCAAAAUCUUCCCAGAAUUGAUCUACGGUUGGAAGAUGAAUUGAUGGAUUCGCAAAGUAUGGGUACACCGUUAGCUACGGACCUUGCCACAGAAAUGCCUGUAUAUAAGGGUGUGAUCAGAUUGGUUCCGGGAGCUCGACUAUGUGCUAUUCGAACUUGCACCUUCAUUAUCCCUCCAGUGAAUGAGUAUCGGUGGAAAAUGUGCUCUUUGUGUCGCAUUCGCCGAACAGAGCGAAGGAAACAAGAAAAUUUGGAGACUACUUUGUCACCGUCCACUUCUUCCCGCCGAAAGCUAGUGGUCGGAGAUGCUAACUUCAUGCUGCGGUCACUUGAUUAUCUCAUUAGAAUAGAAAGUGCAGGUGCAAGCAGUCGAUGUCGCAGCCUCGAUUGUGGAAUGAUGAAUCCUACAUCGAGGGAUUGUAGUCAAUGUAAUGCGAGGCGACUUUGGCUUGUAAACCGAACUCCGUCGAUUGAUAGAUACCCUGAUGGACCUAAGUUAUUGCACCGGGGUAGCAAGAAGCCUAUGGAAAGGCCGCGGGGACCGGGUCCAUAUCAACGAUACAAAUGUUUCACUGCCGUGUUACUUGAUUUUAAGAGUCGAUUGUCUGGGUUCCUACAAGUGCAGUCAAUCUUUUUUCUGUUCAACCAGCCACGUUCUGCCAAUGCCUUGUUUGCCUUUGAUGGCGAAUUCUCUGUGGUUGCUCUUGAUUUCGAUAUUCUAAAACGAAAAGAGGAAGUGGACGCUAAUGCUUUGAAACUCAAACGGGAAAUUGAAUAUUCCAAAGAGACUGGUAUCGCAAUUGGAAGGAGGAGGCAUUUCCAUCCGUUAUUCCUGCUUUUAUCCCGUACCCAUACUGCGGCCCAAACAAAACGACGGACAGACAUCGAUUAG